AUGGCUGAACCUCCGUCACUGGAAGAUAUUUUAGCGAAGAAACGAAAAGAGGAGGAAGAGCAAGAGAAGCCGAAGUUUCUGACCAGAGAAGAGCGUGCCGCACUUGCUCUUCAACGUCGUGCCGAGCAGGUAGAACGUAUGAAGGAAAACCAGAGGCGCAUUGAUGAAAGUCGCAGACAAUUUGAAGCUGAAGCGAAGAGAGCAGAGGGACGUGAUGGCCGCGAUCGAGACCGUGAUCACCGUGACCGUGAUCGCAGCAGGGAACGAAGAGAGCGUAGCCGAUCCCGCGACCGUAGAGAACGAGAGAAGCGAGAGAGAAGUCGGAGCAGAGAAAGAGAUCGAGAUCGAGAUAGACGGGCAAGGAGUAGGAGUAAAGAACGGGACAGGGAUCGACGGGAUCGAAGCAGAAGUAAGGAAAAACGAAGUGAUCGUGACAAGGAUGGGACACGUUCCAACCGCACCGAAAGCAAGGAAGAAGAUGACACCUUUGAUCCAAAUAAGCUCCAAGAAGCAGUCAAAGUUCGGUAUCUUGGGUUGCAAAAAGAGAAAAAGAAAAGGGGAAGACGCUUGCAUGAACGGAAGUUCGUUUUCGAUUGGGAUGCAUCGGAAGACACCUCGCAGGAUUACAACAAACUCUACCAGAAAAGGCAUGAAGUUCAAUUCUUCGGACGCGGCGCCAUAGCGGGUAUUGAUGUGAAUACACAAAAGAAGACUAACAAUGUUUUCUACCAAGCUAUUAUGGAGAAACGUCGAACGGAAGAGGAAAAACAAAUGGAAAAAGCGCGGCGCGAGAAGGAGAAAAUCAGAGAAAGAAAGUCUGCACACGAUGAUCGCCACUGGAAAAUGAAACCGCUUGAUGAAAUGACUGAGCGAGAUUGGCGCAUAUUCCGAGAAGAUUUCAAUAUUGCUAUUAAGGGUGGUCGUGUGCCAAAACCUUUACGAGCUUGGGAAGAGUGCGGUCUCCCUGAUGAGGUCUAUCAGGCCAUUAAGAAGGUUGGAUACGACGAACCAACCCCAAUUCAGCGGCAGGCCAUUCCCAUUGGUUUGCAGAAUCGAGAUAUCAUCGGAGUGGCUGAAACGGGUUCCGGAAAAACCGCAGCAUUCUUGAUUCCACUUUUGGUUAGUCACCUGUAG